CCCGCGCUGCCGCCCGCCUUACCUUUCGUCCCUGGCCGGGCCUGCGGGAUGUGCAUUUUAAAGAUUAUGUGAAGAUGAAAAGGGAUAUCUUAUGGCUUUAUGAAAUAUAAAGCAAUACUGUCUGACAUGACGGCAAAAAAUGUUGGUGUGACUUCCACAAAUGGAGACUUGAAAGGAUUUAUAGAUCAGAACCAGAGUCCAACAAAAGGUAAUAUUUCAGUAAUCACAUUGCCGGUUUCCAGCACCAACUCUCCGACUAAGAUUUUGCCAAAAACCUUGGGACCAAUCAAUGUGAAUGUUGGACCCCAAAUGAUCAUAAGCACACCACAAAGACUGAGCAGUUCAGGGAGUGUUCUGAUUGGGAGUCCGUAUAACCCAGCUCCAGCAAUGGUCACUCAGACACACAUAACGGAAGCGUCCGGCUGGGUCCCAGGGGAGCGGAAACGGACUCAAGAAAUUAUAGAGUCAGAUUUUUCAGAAAGUAAGAGAAGCAAGAAAGGAGAUAAAAAUGGGAAGGGUCUGAGGCAUUUUUCAAUGAAAGUUUGUGAAAAAGUUCAACGUAAAGGAACAACUUCAUACAAUGAAGUCGCUGAUGAGCUCGUAUCAGAAUUCACAAAUUCUAACAGCCACCUAGCAACUGAUUCACAGGCUUAUGAUCAGAAGAAUAUUAGACGGAGAGUUUACGAUGCCCUCAACGUCCUGAUGGCAAUGAACAUCAUUUCAAAGGAGAAGAAGGAAAUCCGAUGGAUCGGCCUUCCCACAAACUCAGCUCAGGAAUGUCAGAAUCUAGAGACAGAAAAACAGAAGCGGAUUGAAAGGAUAAAACAGAAGCGAGCCCAACUGCAAGAACUGCUACUGCAGCAAAUAGCAUUUAAAAACUUGGUACAAAGAAAUCAGCAAAAUGAACAGCAAAAUCAAGGCCCUCCAUCUUUGACCUCCACAAUACAGCUGCCUUUCUUAAUAGUCAACACUAGCAAAAGAACAGUUAUAGACUGCAGCAUAUCAAGUGAUAAAUUUGAAUACCUCUUUAAUUUCGAUAAUACUUUUGAGAUUCAUGAUGACAGCGAGGUGCUGAAGAGAAUGGGAAUGUCCUUUGGGCUCGAAGCAGGCAAAUGCUCAGCUGAGGACCUAAGAACUGCAAAAUCACUGGUGCCAAAAGCUUUAGAAGGCUACAUCACAGAUAUGUCUGCAGGAUUUUCAUGGAUAAACCAAGGGUUACUUUCAAGUUCAGCACAAGCAGUUUCCCAUUUCGAGGCAGCUGGAGGCACUUAUAAUGCUAAAUCAAGUGAGAAUCCAGGGUUGUGUUUGGAUGCUGAAGUGGCCUUAGCAACUGGGCAGCUGCUUGCCCCUAGCAGUCAGCAGUCCAGCAGUGCAGCGUCCCGGGGGGAGACACCCUGCUCCUUCAACGAGGAAGAUGAAGAGGAUGAAGAUGAGGAUUCUUCCUCCCCAGAAUGAGGACAGUAGAAAAUGGAAUAUACAAAAUGCUGCUCAAAUAUUCUUAAUGGGAGUUCCUGUUUGGAUUUUACUGGUUGCUUGCCUUGGUUUGCACUGUGUUUGGUGAACCAAAAUGGAAGCUUCAAAACAAGUUUAUCCAUAGAUGAAAUUGAAGAAUUGUGUAACUGGACACAGAGUGACAUGCAGAGACAGAGCAAAGUGGGUUUUAUAAACUAUAAAUGAGGAAAAGAACAAAGUCCCUGGAGAUUUGGCAAAGUAAACCUUAAGAUCAUCUUUUCCGUUUUGGGACUCAAGGCUUUGUCUUCCCCUUGUCUUUUUCAGAUGGAGAAGAAAACAGUUCAGUCAGUAAAAGCCAAUUCUUGUGUUGUCUUUUGGCUGUGCUACCUUCAGAAAAAGGGGGAGAGAGCACACACAAAUGUGCUAAAAUCAUUAUUUAAAACUAUCUUGUAUGAAAGUGGUUAUAGGGAAAAGGGGCUGUUAAAAUGUUUGCUUUUUUCUGUUCAACUUGCUGUAUAGAGGAUUCUUAAAGUAAUAUAAAUUGCAAGUGAUUAAAUGAAUCUUGAAAUAGUUUAUAUCCAUUUUAGAUACUCUAAAAGUAACAAGAAACAUUAGUAUAAAAGGUUCAUAUGUUCAUUUAUAUUGCAGGUCUAAUUUAUUAUAAGUGAUUAUUCUUAGCCAUUAUUAAAACAGUCAGGAAAAAAACCAGUAUUCUCUGCACCAGCUUUUUUCAAGGAAAUUAAGUUAAAAAAUUGUAUUUCUAGAUUACAGCGUAUUUAGUGUAGCUUCUCCUUUACUGUUCUAACUUUAUAUAAUCCCUUUGAUGUUAGAGCAUGUCUUGUUUUUUUUAAAAAAGGCCUCCCACCAUGUUAAGGAUCUCAGGCAGUGUGUUUUCGAGGCAGUCUUUUCAAAUUUGGGGUGGGCAGGUCACAUAACUUUUAAAGUCAUUGGCUGAGGUUCUUAGGAAAAAAAAAUUCAACAAUACAUCAUUUCAUGUUUUGCAUUCUGGUCAGCUUGGAUUCUGACAGGCUUUCUUACAGUAACUUCAGUUGCACUCACCUUGAUGCACCUUUGGAAGUUGUAUCAAACCAUGUAAAAUGAUCUGUGGCUCAAGUUACCCAACACAUAUCCCAUGUGAACUGUUAGACUUGCAGCAGGAGGCUGUGUUUUCCAUAGCUAACAUCUCAUCCAAUCAUAAAGACCUUUAAAAAAACCCAAAACCUUGAAUAUCAAUGCAAAAUACACUGUAAAUGUGCUCUUCCCAUGGUGUUCCAAUGCCCAGGACUUUGCCUAGCCUCUAAGUUAACUAUUUUUCAUGAGGUAAAUCUUUCCAGUUUUCCCACUGUGUGUAGGGGCUUGCCCCGUGUCUCAGCUGUCUGCGGCUGUCCUGGCUGUUCCUGCACUGGGGGAUGAGGCAGCUUGUGCUGCUGCUCACCUGAGCAAUGGCAGCAGCUCCCCCUGAUGCUGGCAGCGUCACUCUCACAGCCUGGCCUGUGUCCACAUCAUCUUCUACAGCCAAACCUGCACUCACUCAGGCCAGCAAGAUCCAAAAGCACCGAGCCUGAGCUACAAAGAGAAAAUGAGGCUCCAGCUCAAGAGCUGCCUGGCCGUGUGCAGGAGUUAGCCCAGGGCUGGCUGCUCACAGGACAGGUCAAACUGGGACACGUAGACAAGCACCACCUGUAUGUUGAUUACAAACUGAAGCAUGCAGAGAGAAACUUCUCACAGUUAGUUCAAACUCCUGCAGGUGAGGAGUACCUGAGGGCAGCACCAGUAUGUAGGUAUGACUCUUGACUGAGCUAUCUGUUUUACAGACAUGAAUAACAAAUGCACAAACUAAAAUGCCUGCUGUGGUAUUUGCCCUUGGGGCAAGACUGUUCAGACCAUUCUGUGCUGCUCAUGGCUCACAGGCAACAGCAGACUGAGGGCUUUACAACCCCUCACUUCCACCGAAUCUGUAACACUACCUCCAUACCAGAAAAGCUUUACAGAUACAAAAAAAUACUCUUGCUGAGAGAGUCAGUGCAUUGAGCCAAGCGGCUCACUUUUGAAAGGGGAGGAGAAGGGAAAAGGUACUUCACACAUAUUACUAUGGAAUUGUCAGCUUCAUGAUUGACAUUUCAUUUAAACAGACUAUCACUUUCAUUCUUAAAAAACCCAUUGUUUUUUUAAAACUGCCCUAUCAGUAAGCUUUCAUUGGAAGGGACAGAUCAAAGGUAACUUAUAUAUGCAUGAGCCUAAGGAAUUCUCUAAGAGGGAAAUAUCUUCCAAAGUAGUUAUACCUGCCACUCCCCAACAAUACAUUAGGGACACAUUUAACUUUUACACACACUCCCCACUCAAGAUUGGUGUAAAAAGAAAAAACAGCAAAACACUAAACAGUUCCUAAAGAGCAGCACUUUGAACUAUAAGAACCUGGCAAAAAAAGGCUUCCAGCCCAGAAAUGGAAUGUAUUUUAUUAGCAGUCAGUGGGCUUUCUGCUUUACAGGGGGAAGAUCUCCAGUGACACCUUUCCUCCAUUGAUGUCUGUGCCCUUCAAAGCUGCAGCCUGCAUAGCUGCUUGCUUUCUGGCAAACAUCAAACUAUCAAAUUUAAAAAUAAAACAUAAAAAAUAUGGGUGCACAUAACAUUUAUUUGACAGGUGAACCAAGCCUUCAAAAGUUAUUUUUCCUGGACCAGUUGAAUACAAAGGACAAAACAAGUUAGAACAUUUAGAAGAGACUUCAAAAGUAAAUUCUUUCCUUGGGCUUUUUUGUGCCAAGUAGCAGUUGAGGAUGAAGCUCAAUUGAAGUACUGCAGUCUUGUGGCCACACUAAAGCCUGAGAACUAGGAAAAUUUGGGACUUGAUCCAGCCACAGUCACCUGUGUAUGAUCUCAGGCAAACUUUUCAAUCAUUCCAGGUGAUCUUAGCUGCCAUAUUUAAAAAAGACACAAAAACCACAAAACAAAACAGGCAAAUGCAGCUGCUGCAAUUGUGACUAACAAGGGGGUUCAGAAUAUUAACAAACCACAGAGCUCUCACUGAGCUCAUGGCAGUGCUUCUGCUCAGCUGCUUCAACACUCAGGCCCUCCCUCCUGCUGAGAGCCAGCAAACAUUUUCCACAAUAAAAUGGUCACAACCAAGACUGGUUUUCCCAUUUUCUACUCAGUUCCAUCAUCAUCUCCUAUCUCAUGCAAUACCCCUGACAUUCAUUGACAGAAUUCAAGCAGCAACUGGUACUAGAUAAUACCUCAUAUAAGAAAAAGUUAACACAUUUUCAUGCAAAUUUAAGUGAUGUUUCUGUGUCUUGGAACACUCUCUCUUGGUUACACAUUCAGGAGGCACUUGACGACAAGCAAUAUAAUGCUGUAUGUAAAUGCCUUUAUAGCUAUAGUGCACUAAACAACUUUAUUUCUGGACUAACUUUGUGGUGCUUGAAAAAUAUAAAUUUGAUUUAGAGUAACUUGUCAGCUCCACUAUCUACAUGAAAAACUACAAGCGGGAGACAGCAUUUUUCUAUUAUGUGGAAAUAGAACAUAAUGUUUGUGGAUUUUGGUAUUUAAAAUUGUAUUAUAGUGCACCAGUCUUCUCAUUUCCACACUGGAAUUAAUGGCAAUUAAUCCACUUAAUCUCAGAAAGUGUGUGUAUCUAGCAAAUAAGUUCAACUGAAGGUAUGACUUAAACUAACACCAUAAACCCAGUAAAAGCCCUCCUGUAGGUGUUUCCAUUUUGGUUAAGGGGUUUUAAUUUUUAAACUUGCAAAUACCCCUAAAUCCUUUUGAGUAGCCAGAAAUUGCUGAAGAUACAGAAUUCCCACAGAAGGGCUUCUGCUGAUCAACUAUGUCAGCCUGAAGUAACACUAGGUAAAAAGGCCUAAUAACCAAAUUUUAAUCCUUUUGUUUUUUUAAAGAAAAAUGAGGCCUUCAAGUUCAUCUUCAUACAUGAAAUGAUGCUUGAAUUUAGAAUUCCACAGUUAAGGUUUAAAAUUUCAAGUGCUCUUUCUUUGACCAAAUCCACCAUUUUAAUUCAAGAGUAUGGCUGAAACUUAACCACAUUUGAACUCUGGGGAAAACUCCUUUUUGUAGUUAACUGGCCCUUUUCAGCUGAAAAUAAUCUAGGCAGUUGAUUGUAAAGACUUUCCUUUUAGUGAGUUAAAGAUGUUUGGGGUUUGGAUUCAUUUAAAAUCAAAGCCAGUACCACAGGGUAUGGUGUAGAGAAAACAAACCAAAACAAGCUAUCUUCUGCCUGACCCACCUCAUUUAUAUCUUUUCAUUCCAGGAAUCUCUCAGGAACAUCAUUAUAGUAAAUAACCAGAUGUAAUGAGCUGGGGAAAAACUAUGUGUGCUUUUUUAAUUUGUGAUUUAAAAAAUUCUAGUAAUAGCCAUACUUUGAGGUGACAUCCUUCUGCUGCAUUUGGGUCACUCUGAGGCUGAAGGUGUCUCAGGUGCCUCUUGCAGCAUUAGUGAUGAACAGGGGAGGGAGAAGCCAAGGACCUGUUUAUGGAGGUUUGUUGUUUAAAAUGUGCCACUUCUUGAUUUCUAGCCUCUGACUGCAAGCAAUGCACCAAUGAAUCAUUUGUGAUGUAGACAUCACACACCUACCAUGGCACAUUAAAAGCUCUAAAUACUUAAUUUUCUGCUGGCAGGUGUUCACACAACCCAAUCCUGACAACCUAACACUUCAUGAAACUCAUUCCUUAGACUUAACAAAGUUCCCAAAUCAGAUUAUCUCUUUCCUGUUUAACUGUUAGAAUUUUUUCUGGUAUUUUUAAGAGGCUGUGAGUAACUCUUCUCUCCCCAAUCCAGGUAUAUUGCCAAAAACUACCCAUAACCAAUGUUACUCCCAUUUGUUCAUUCCAUCUGCAGAGGAUUAUUGUCCUUGCAAGUCACUGCCAAGCUGCAUGUGCAAGAGCCCCCCCAGCUCCUUCAGUCUGAGUGCCUGAGGGGGCAUCUAUGGAUCAUGUACAUGGAUCCAUGUACAGUCACUGUCCACCUUUAAUACAACUACCUUGUCUGCCCACCCAGAGAUCAGACAAAACCAAAAUGUUUUCUUUUCUGCUUCCAUAUUUUUGACAGUACCAAAGAAUCCAACAUUUAGGAUAUCCAUCUAAGCUGCAGGACACCAAAAUUCCUUGCUCAAAAUUGGUCAGAAGUAACAUCUGAGAUCUAACUAUCCAAAUCCCAAGGGAAAGCCUCAUACUUAGGACCAAUAUGGAGUAAAUACUUUUGCAUUUAUCUAAGAAGAAAAGCAGUCUGAAUCAGGUCAGUAUCUGCAACAGAGCCAUGAUAAUUCCAAGCAGAUACAGAAACCUCCCAGCAGCCCAAACUUGCAUCUCUUCUUAGUCUUCUGUAUUGGCUAGAAAAGUGCAAUCACUUAAAUCUGAUGUCUCUAAAUGCCAUUCUUAAGUACUCAACAUUCUCCAGGCAUAAGUACUUUAAAUAUAUGGACAGCAUGGGAUAGCAGGAUACAGCAAUGUCAAAUUUAAACCCAGUUGUAGAUGCAAAUCAAACUUAUCUAUGCAGAAACUUUCCAAGACAAAUUGAGUCUUCACUGAUGAGUUGGUUUUUGCCCGUUCUCCUCUCCAGACUGAGUGAAACACUUGUCCCUCACACUGCCUGGUUCCUGUGCUGCCCGCCCACAUGAGCCAGGCAGCCAGAGAGGGAAGAACAUCACAUAUCCACAGCCCUUCCUGCUGACAUUUCCAGGUCACAUACAACUAUUCUGAAUGGCCACAAAAGUUAAAAUUAUCAGAAAAGGUUAAGUCCACAAAACCAGUCUCCAGGCUUUCUGAUGGGUUUGUUAAAUUGCUAUUAUAUCUUCAACAAUUAGUAGAUUUGGUCGUACUAAUGCAGGGAUUAAGUGGAUCUCCCAGAAUUUCCCCAGGAAAAUACCAGCUGAAUCACAACCCAUCAAACAAGUCUCUAAAACAUUCCCUUGUCCUAAAGGCCAUGCUGUAUACAUGAGAAAUACAUCAAAGCAUAUGCAAAUGUUAUGACACUGUAUCUCACAAGCACCUACUAUAAAAAAAGGAAUCCUACUUAGAACAAAUCUGUAAGAAGUAGGAUGCGAGCCUGUCCUCAUUCCUCAGGCCCUGACUGCAAACCAUGCCCUGGGACCAAGGCACAAGCUUUGUGUUUGCAUAUCCUACUCAGCAUCAGGAGAAACUGGCCAGCAAGCACAGGCAGAGUUUUGAACCAGGACUUGUUUGCUGGCACCUGGGGGAUGAUCUGGCAGUGGAUGAGUCCUUGGCAAGGAGGACUGAUGCUGAAUUCUGAAUGCUGGUGUGCCAUCAGCCCAUGUUCUGAAGGUGCUACAACAUGCAGCAAGGGGUAGAAAAAGCAGGUCUGGCCCUCCUCCCCCCCUUACAGUAGCACUUUUUAAUAUCCACUAUAUUCUACAUGGAAGUAGUUGUACAGACACUUCCUUUUUAUAUUUAAAAUGCAGAAACCACUUGAAAGUCAAUUAACUUUUAAACUUUUUUUUUUUUAAGAACAAGGCCAGUCAUGGACAAAGCUAUUUAAUGACCUCCAAUGCUGAACUCAAAGCAGGGUUUUGUAAACAUGGUGGGUGGGAAGAGACAAAUCCAAUUACAAGCAUGCUAAUUAUAUGGGAUUUGAAGUUUUAAUCAUUUUUUUAAUCUACUCAUCUUACUCUCCCAAGAUGUGUAUUGGCACAAAGGGUCACACAAACACUUUGGUGGAAAUUUUUCUCCCUUGUGCUAAACUCUUGUAUCUUCAGGAAAGCCCAAGUUUCCCAUUCAUCUUCAUUUGCUGCAUUUUUUGAAUUCUCCACACAUUUCUUUCUUUCCAAAUACCUAUAAAUUAUAAACUAAAGUUUUAUUUUUGCAGAAAAUCUGCUAUUAAGCUGUGCUGAUUUUUUGUCCUGAACAAAUAGUGUUAAUUUCCACUACCACAUUGUACGUGGCUAGGAGUAGUGUAAAAAGAAUGUGGUAGUAUUUUAUGUGCUUUAAACACUGACAAAGAUAUAAAGAAAAGUGCACAUACAAAGUUUUACUUUCCUAAUAGGAACACUGGCAUUAGCAAAUAGUAUAUUUGAACCAAUAGGAAAUAUUACUUUGUAGUAAACACUUUGUAAAUAAAUACUUGUUAUUUUUUUAAUGGAAAUUUUAUAGAAGCUUUUUUCUGUAUUCUCAAUUGAUCCCAUGUUUACUGAAAAUGCUGCAAGUGGGAAUUGUACAUUGUAAAUGGGGGUGGUGAGCAGACAGUCUGGCUGAGGUGAAAGCUGUGUAUGCUUUGGAGAAGAACAACCAGUUUUCUGUGAACUGAAAUGUAAACCUUAACUGUAGAAGAACUGAAUAAAAGAAUUUCAAGGCAA